GACAGAGGGACAACCCGUGCCGUGCCGUCCGUCCACCGAUCAGAACUCGGGACUCGGAGCCUCGGAACCUGCGCCGCCAGGCAAGGCAGGAGACGCCUGGCGCGCGCCCUCCGCGCACGUGUCGCGCGCAAGUCGGCCGCCUCCCUCCGCUUUCCGCUUUUGCGUGUCAGCCGCGGCGCGGCGGCCACCACCAUCGCAUGUCAAAAGGGAACCCAGACCCGCCACCUCCCCGGCAGCUUCCUCCCUUCCCACGGCGGGCCGCCCACCGAAACCCAAAACCCCGCCCCGAACCUUCCGGAACCUCCCCUCCAGUUCCACCCAUGGCCCCGCCCCCGUCCGUGGCCGCUGCCCACGAUCGCGACGACCCCUCCCUCCGCCUCCGCCGCGCCCCUGCCGCCGACGGCGUCCACGGAGAGGCGGAGCCGCAGGAGCAGCCGCAGCGGCAGCACGAGAUGCCCUGCUACCGGGCGUCGGCGCCCGCCCACCGCCGGGUCAAGGAGAGCCCGCUUAGCUCCGACGCCAUCUUCCGACAGAGCCAUGCAGGUCUUCUGAAUCUAUGCAUUGUUGUGCUGAUUGCAGUGAACAGCAGGCUCAUUAUCGAGAACUUAAUGAAGUAUGGCCUAUUAAUAAGAGCUGGGUUUUGGUUUAGUGCAAGAUCGCUGGGAGAUUGGCCACUUCUGAUGUGCUGCCUCACUUUACCCAUUUUCCCACUUGCUGCACUCAUGACCGAGAAGUGGGCUCAAAGAAAGCUCAUCCGUGAUCAUGUGUCUAUUCUUCUCCAUAUAAUUAUUACAACCACUGUCCUUAUCUAUCCGGUUGUUGUGAUUCUUAAGUGUGAAUCAGCAGUAUUAUCUGGAUUUGUGUUAAUGUUUAUUGCAAGCAUUACUUGGUUGAAGCUUGUCUCUUUUGCUCAUACAAAUUAUGAUAUAAGGGUUUUGUCCCAAAGUAUUGAAAAGGGUGCUACACAUGGCAGUUCUAUCGAUGAGGAAAACAUUAAAGGCCCAACUAUCAACAGUGUUGUGUAUUUCAUGUUGGCCCCAACACUUUGUUACCAGCCAAGUUAUCCCCGGACAGCAUUUACUAGGAAAGGCUGGGUCACUCGGCAGCUUAUAAAAUGCGUAGUUUUUACAGGCUUGAUGGGCUUCAUAAUUGAGCAAUACAUUAAUCCAAUUGUGCAGAAUUCCAAGCAUCCAUUAAAAGGAAAUUUCUUGGAUGCUAUUGAGAGAGUCUUGAAACUGUCAGUGCCAACAUUAUAUGUAUGGCUUUGUAUGUUCUAUUCCUUUUUCCAUCUGUGGUUGAAUAUUCUUGCCGAACUCCUCCGUUUUGGUGAUCGUGAAUUCUACAAGGACUGGUGGAAUGCCAAAACAGUUGAAGAGUACUGGAGAAUGUGGAAUAUGCCUGUUCAUAAGUGGAUCGUUCGCCAUAUAUAUUUUCCAUGCAUAAGGAAUGGCUUGUCAAAGGGUUGUGCCAUUCUCAUCGCAUUUCUGGUUUCAGCUGUAUUUCAUGAGCUAUGUAUUGCUGUUCCAUGCCACAUUUUCAAAUUAUGGGCGUUUUCUGGAAUCAUGUUUCAGAUUCCCCUGCUAUUCUUGACGAAAUAUCUUCAAGAAAAGUUCAAGAACACAAUGGUGGGCAACAUGAUAUUUUGGUUCUUCUUCAGCAUAGUUGGGCAGCCAAUGUGUGUUCUCUUGUACUACCAUGAUGUCAUGAACAGACAGGCUCAGACAAAUGGCUAGUUCUGUUUUAGAAGUGCACUAUAACACAGAUCAUCCGAAGCAAAUUGGCCCGAGGCAAUGGAGCGGCGGCCUCCUUAACGUUUCGCAAUGGGCUGUUAGAGCUAGCUAUGCUACGAAUCCAAGGUUGUCAGCAUGAUAUGUUUCAAUCCGUUCCAGUUAGCUCGCUGUGUUCCAAAUGUAUGAUAUGCCGGCCGGGGUUUGUACCGAAGAUACCCCAGUGAUGAAGCCGAAGAUAACAAGACCUGCCACAUGUGUUUUGUGUAUACUUUUCGGUUCACGUGCCGGCAGAGUUAUGUACAUGAUGCCCUGUUGGAUAUAAAGUGCAUGUGCCCGUAUGAUGCAACCGCAACUCGCCUUUGAGGUCUGGAUGAGCGAAAAGGCUCGCGCUUGGGAGAGUGUACGUACAUAGGACUGACUGCAUAGUCCUGUCACGUUGUUGUGAACCGACGUUGCCGGAAAGAAUAAUGUAGCACCAAUUGCGAGGCAGUUUUGUCGCUCUUGUAAACCUUCUUUUGUGUGUGAAAGCUGGUUCAUGUAAACCCGACCUAGAGCCUCCGUGCUCAAAUGGUGUAACUGCAGCAUGGUCAACCGAGGUUGACUCAUCCAAUUGAUUGAAUUUGGUUGUGUGUCGUAUAA